GGUCGGCAAGAUGGCGUCCAGGCCCAAGCGGCGCGCGGUGGGCAGCGGGGCCCCGCAGCCCCCGGGCGGCCCGGCCGUGCGCGCCGAGGACGAAGAGGAAGGCGGAGUGGAAGAUGAGGACGAAGACGAGGAAGACAGCGACGAAGACGAGGAUGAAGACGACGAGAGAGUCGACGAGGAAGUGAAUGUUGAAUUUGAAGCUUAUUCCAUCUCCGACAAGGAUCAUGACGGAAUUAAGAAGUUAUUGCAACAGCUUUUCCUAAAGGCUCCUGUAAACACUGCAGAAUUAACUGAUCUCUUAAUUCAACAAAACCAUAUUGGGAGUGUGAUAAAGCAGACGGAUGUUUCAGAAGACAGCGAUGAUGAUGUGGAUGAAGAGGAGAUUUUUGGGUUCAUAAGUCUUUUAAAUUUAACUGAAAGAAAGGGAACCCAGUGUGCUGAACAAAUUAAAGAGCUGAUCCUGAGCUCCUGUGAGAAGAACUGUGGAAAGAGUUUGGUGGAACAGCUGGAUACACUUUUAAACGACAACUCCAAGCCUGUGGGCUUUCUCCUCAGCGAGAGGUUCAUUAACGUCCCUCCUCAGAUUGCGCUGCCCAUGCACCAGCAGCUCCAGAAAGAACUAGCAGAGGCACACAAAACUAACAAGCCGUGUGGGAAGUGUUACUUCUACCUUCUGAUUAGCAAGACGUUUGUGGAAGCUGGAAAAAAUUCCAAAAAGAAAGGGAGCAACCAAGAAGAGAAACAGGAGUUAAUGUUUGCAAAUGCAGAGGAAGAAUUUUUCUAUGAGAAGGCCAUCCUGAAGUUCAGCUACUCGGUGCAGGAAGAGAGCGACACUCGUCUGGGAGGCAGGUGGUCCUUUGAUGACGUCCCCAUGAAGCCCUUGCGAACCGUGAUGUUGAUUCCAGGUGACCGGAUGAACGAAAUCAUGGACAGACUGAAAGAGCACCUCUCCGUGUGACCCAUUUCCCAUGGACAGUAGUUGGUGACUUUGUGUUUGUAAAAUUACCAGAAAACAGCUCUCAGAUUUACUGAAAAACUCACGACUUUAUUCAGAGUAAGGUUCUCUACAAAAGAGUAGGGUUCUGUUCCCUGUGUCUGUGACACAUUUACAAAAUAGUUUUUUAAAAAAAAAUUUGGUCAAAUUAUGAAUGAUUAAAAGCUUUUCCAAUAAGAAGGAAAA